AUGUCUAAGUAUUUUUUAGUCCAUUAAUGUUUUUAUAUCUCUAUUUUGAAUGUUUUAGUAAGAUUAGUAAGCAUCUUAAGCUUUUUAUAUUUCACUUCUAUUAUCUUAGUAUAAAAUAUUAUAUUUUUGUUAUUAUUUCUAAUAAAGCUGAUCCUUAUUCAGCUAGGAAAAAACUUCUUCAUCUGUGAUUACAGGUUUAGAAAUAUACUCAAAUAACUAUAUCUAAUCCUUAUCCAUAACAAGCUCUUUUAGCUUAUCGACUUCUAAUAAUUUUUUUAUCACAUACAUCAAAUCCAAGUGAUAAUACAGCUUUUUGACGCUAUAAUCUAUGAUUUUUUUCUUCCUUUUUAUUCCUCCAAAUGGCCAAAAGAAAUACUUUAAGUAUUCAAUAACACUUAAACUCAUGUCACUUCUUUCUUUUUUCAAUAAUUUUUUAAAUUCUUCAUCAGAAAGAGAUUUAUUUUAUUUUAGCUUUUUUUCUUUGUUCUAACUCUCUUCAAUUAAGUUUUAAGAUUAGUUUUCCAUUUAACUCUAUUUUUAACUAUUAGUCAUGGAAACAAAUUUUUUCUUUAUAAUCUGGCUUAAAAUUUUUAUACUGCUUUGUGUUUAAGUGUUAGCUUGCGCAGAAAUAGUUUGCUCUUAAUCAUAAUUUUUAUGUUCUAAAAGUAAUUGCUAUUGAGGUUGUGUAGAGAUUUGGGUUAUAUUUUCAAUUUAAUUAAAGUUAACUUAUUUUGCCUUUUUUUAGAUCUUUACAGGCGACUAUAUAUUUACAAAAGAUUCUAAUUGAGUGUUUUAUUGAUGCUGUAUUUAUUUUUUUUAAUUAAUUUCUUGAUUAAUUUUAAGAUUUUGUCCCAACUUUUAGUUCUAACUGGUAUUAUUAUUACUUUAUCCAACACUCAUUUUUGGUUACUAAAAGUUAUUAAUUACUUUAUUUUGAUGAUUCAUGUUUUUUAUCUUAAAAUCAAAAGCCUCGUUUAUAAUUGA